AUGGAGGACUUUGUGAUGAGGGCGCCCCCUCUGGAUGAGAGGGAUAUGGAGCUGGAUGUGCUGGGCUUCCUGGACUCUCUGGGGGAGGACAACAGCACUGCAGCAGAGAGAUGCUACCGCUCCCACUCCCGCAGCAGUGUGCUGCAAGGCCUACCCUUUGGAGGGGUGCCCACGGUCCUCGCCAUUAAUGUUAUCCUGUGGAUGGUAUGUUGCUGACACAGAUACACACACGACAAUCUCAACCUUUCAUCUCAUCUCUGAUGCCAUGGAGACAUUUCCCCCAUAGACUUCCUUCACGUUUUAGUAUCCUGUUAGAACACGUUCUUAUCCUUCCCAGAUGAAGGAAGUGGUAUGAUACGACAAGAAAGCUGCUAAAAAGCUAAACCUCUAUCUUGACAUCUCUUACUCUACCUACAAGCCUUCACAUUCAUAUGCACAUGAUGCAUAGACUGUACUCAUUCUCCUCCUCUGUCAACAUGCGUUGACUGUUUAUAAAUAUGCAGAAGUGUUACCCUCCCCACUCCAGGAUAAUAAUAGAUAUCAGAUUAGUGAAUGGACACCUCCUCUGUUCCACUGUCAGUUCUUGUCAAGGUAGAUUUCCUCUCUGUUUAUCAGUCUGUCUACCAGCCCUGUUUAAUUGACUCACUGUGAUUGUUCCCUGGUUGUCAGGACAACACAGAAGGUUAAUAGCAGUGUCUUAAUGACGGGUCCAAAUUAAGUCAACUAGAUUACCCCCAUGUGACGGCAGCAUGCCUCUGCACCAAUCAGAACUUCACACAGAACAAUCAUCUGUGGUGCAUCAGCGGAACAUGGACACCCACGCAGGGACAAGGAAUAGAAGACAAUAGAGACAGGCAGAGAAAAAGAGAGAGAGAAACUAAGGGAUAUCAUGCAGAGUUUGCGAAUUGCAUUUGGCUAUGAAAGUAAAAGCAGAAUUUAUUAUUAAUCUCAUCACAGCUUAGUCCAAUACUUUGUUAAACAUUGUCCUGAUUACCCAUGCAUGGCUUUAGACCAUUAGGAAAUGUAUUAUUCAACCUCUUUAAUGAGAGAGCUUGCUUUUCUCAGAACAACAUAAUACUCAUCCUUAACCAGUACCCAAGAUCUCAUCUAACCAGUAGAUGAUUUACAGUGCAUUCGGAAAGUAUUCAGACCCCUUGACUUUUUGUUACGUUAAAGCCUUAUUCUAAAACGGAUUAAAUUUGUUUUUUUCCUCAUCAAUCUACACACAAUAUCCCAUAAUGACAAAGCAAAAAAAAGGAUUUGACAUUUUUUGCAAAUGUAUACAAAAUAUAAAAAGGAAAUAUCACAUUUACGUAAGUAUUCAGACCCUUUACUCAGUACUUUAUUGAAGCGCCUUUGGCAGAGAUUACAGCCUCGAAUGUUCUGUGAAUAGACCCCUGUCCCCUGCUCUCAAACACACAGGAAGAGGGAACCAGGGAAUGAUUAUGAAGGAGAGAGAAUGUGUUGGAGAGCACAUCAUACACUGUAUGGAAAAAACAUAAUUAUCUCUCAUUUUACACUAUCCUGUGGAAUAUAUCUAUAAAAUGAAUAGUGUUGGGUAUACAGUGCCUUCGGAAAGUAUUCAGACCCGUUGACUUUUUCCACAUUUUGUUAGGUCACAGCCUUAUUCUAAAAUUGAUUAAAUUGUUUUUUUCCAUCAAUCUACAAACAAUACUCCAUAAUGACAAAGCAAAUACUUGUUUGUAUACAUUUUUGCUACAGAAAACAGAAAUAUCACAUUUACAUAAGUAUUCAGACCCUUUACUCAGUACUUUGUUGAAGCACCUUUGGCAGAGAUUACAGCCUAGAGUCUUCUUGGGUAUGACGCUACAAGCUUGGCACACCUGUAUUUUGGGAGUUUCUCCCAUUCUUCUCUGCAGAUCUUCUCAAGCUCUGUAAGGUUGGAUGGGGAGCGUCGCUGCACAACUAUUUUCAGGUCUCUCCAGAGAUGUUCUAUCGGGUUCAGGUCCGGGCUCUGGCUGGGCCACUCAAGGACAUUCAGAGACUUGUCCCGAAGCCACUCAUGCGUUGUCUUGGCUGUGUGCUUAGGGACUGGGAGACUAGUCAGGAUCAAGGCAAAGAUUAACAGAACAAAGUACAGAGAGAUCCUUGACGAAAACCUGCUCCAGAGCGCUCAGGACCUCAGACUGGGGCGAAGGUUCACCUUCCAACAGGACAACGACCCUAAGCACACAUGCACUCCCCAUCCAACCUGACAGAGCUUGAGAGGAUCUGCAGAGAAGAAUGGGAGGAACUCCCAAAAUACAGGUGUGCCAAGCUUGUAGCGUCAUACCCAAGAAGACUUGAGGCUGUAAUCGCUGCCAAAGGUGCUUCAACAAAGUACUGAGUAAAGGGUCUGAAUACUUAUGUAUUUCUUUUGUGCACAAAUUUCUAGAAACCAGUUUUUGCUUUGUCAUUAUGGGGUAUUGUGUGUAGAUUGAGGAAAAUAAACAAUUUAAUCAAUUUUAGAAUAAGGCUGUAACCUAACAAAAUGUGGAAAAAGUCAAUGGGUCUGAAUUCUUUCAUAAGGCACUGUAUACCUGACGCUAUUCAUUUUAUAGAUCUAUUCCACAGGAUAUUGUGUAAAAUGAUAGAUGAAUUAUGUUUUUCCAUACAGUGUAUGAUGUGCUCUCCAACACAUUCUCUCUCCUUCAUAAUAACUCGCUGGUUCGCUCUUCCUGUGUGUUUGAGAGCAGGGGACAGAGGUCUAUUCAGUUGUCUUGCAAUUGACCAGUGGGCCGGAUGUUUUUGAUCCAGCCCCAAACCAUUAUUAUUUUUGUUUUUUUGUCUGAUAUGAAAAUAAAAUGUUUUACUGACACAUUUUAAUGACAAAAAUAAACAAUACAAUGUACUGCGCUAGUCAGUAGUAGGCACUGUAAGAAGCACCUGGAGUGACGCGGUGUCUGCUGUGAUUGGCCGAGAUUUCACAACGCAGUGGACUGCUCACGUCCUUUGACCUCCCUCACCCCUACAUCACCGGUUGGUUAUGGUUACAUUUCAAUGUCAUCUCUCAGCAAAACGCCUGUCACUCAGUCAGUCUGCAGCAUAGCACAGAGCAAAUAUGGAUAUUCUUUACUUUUUCCAAAAGAGUGGCAAAAAAAAGCGAUCAGGUUGAGGUAGUAGUGAAUGAGGUGGAGGGUAGAACAGCCAGAAAGUCAAAGUGCAGUAUUAGCGUCAGGCAGCAGCAGAGUUAGCCACAUAUUUGUGCAGGGUUGGUGGUACUAUCUAACUAGCUAGUCUCCCUCAGCAUAAGGGUUGGUUAAUGCUAAUAAGCUAGCGUUAGCAUCCUUAAGCUAUUGGGUCUAAGUCAGCGUUAUUUAACAGUAUAUUUAGUGAAUGGCAAGCUAAGGAUGUUUAUAUAAGUCAUGAUAUUAGGAAAAGUGUUUAAUUCCAGCGAGUGUAUUUGAUUCGUUUCUGUAGCUUGCUUGGCUGGCUAGCCACUUCGGUAGCUACUGACUGGUUGGCUAGCUGAGACGGAAGAGCUGAGAGAACGUUUUUCUGACUGAAGUAUAUCUUCUGACAGUGACACAGUGCCCUCCUGUGGACUGAAGCUGAACUUUACUACAACAUUAUAUUUUACCAUGUUUAAAAUUAGCAUUGUUGGGGGUGGUAGAACUGACUAAAUGAAAUUAAUCAUAGAGGUCUUAUAACCUAUUCCAUUCUACAGGUGAACAUGAUUGGCUCAUGUCUGUUAUUUCCAUAUAGGCUAUGUAACUAUUUGUAAAAAAUAUAAAUAAAAAUACCUGCCCAUUAUUCACUUAGCUACUUACUUUUUCUGUUGUUGCAUUGUCGAGAGGUUAACCUGCAAGUAAGCAUUUCAUUGCACUGAGUACUCCAUGUAUAUCAUGUGUAUAUGAAAAAUAAACAAACUUGAAAUUAGAAGGGAAGGGGGAGGGCAGCCAGAAAGAGGAGAAAAGAUGGGCAGCUUGGUCGUGUCAGUAUACAGUGACUUCAAAGAGCAACUGCCACUAAAAAUCUACUUCUCAUUUAGAAAAUAGCAAAUGUGGCAUCGAUAUGAGUCAGAAAUAUUCUGUCAAAAUUGACUACAAAGUGUUUAAUAGGAUAAUUUUGGUCAUAAAAUCAGUCUCAUCCAAAACUGAGCAUCACAACAUUAAUUAAGGUUGGUUUUGUUUCAAUCCUGCCCACAUACCCACAGCUGGCAGCACACAAGUAAUCAUCAAUUAGUAAUCAUCAAUAUAAAACGUAUGCAACAUGAAAUUAUUGUCUCAUUUACAUUGUGUAAGUUAUUGACUGUCUCUAACUAGCCCUGGAGAUAGGCUAUCCAAAGUCACUCAGGUCACACACCUCCCGGCUGAAGCGAAUUGGCUAAAUAAUUUGGCUAACUCUUUCCACCUGCGAACACAUGAGACACCCACAUCAAGCAACACCCCUAAACUAACUCACGAUUGAAUUCAGUCAUGGCCACUAGCAUUUCUUAAUAAACCAAAUCUAAAACAAGGCCAAAUCAGGAAGUGCAGUCGCCCUUUAAAACUAGAGAGAAAGACACAGAGAUGGCAACAGAAGAAUAGGUGAUGGAGAGAAACACCAGACAAGACACAGAGACCUAUGUUUGAAGUUGUGGAGUGGUUUUUGGCAAUACACUGUAGAUGUACAGUGCUAUGAAAAAGUAUUUGCCCCCUUUCUAAUUUUCUCUACUUUUGCAUAUUUGUGAUACUGAAUGUUAUCAGAUCUUCAACCAAAACCUAAUAUUAGAUAAAGGGAACAUAAGUGAACAAAUAACACAACAAUUACAUAUUUAUUUCAUAAACAAAGUUAUGCAACACCCAAUUCCCCUGUGUGAAAAAGUAAUUGCCCCCUUACACUCAAUAACUGGUUGUGCCACCUUUAGCUGCAAUGACUCUAACCAAAUGCUUCCUGUAGUUGUUGAUCAGUCUCUCACGUCGCUGACCAAACACUGCAUUCCACAGUAAGAACGUCAUACCAAAGGUCAAGCAUGGUGGUGGUGGUGUGAUGGUUUGGGGAUGAUUUGUUGCCUCAGGACCUGGACGACUUGCCUUAAUAGAAGGAACCAUGAAUUCUGCUCUGUAUCAGAGAAUUCUACAGGAGAAUGUCAGACCAUCCGUCUGUGAGCUGAAACUGAAGCGCAGCUGGGUCAUGCAGCAAGACAAUGAUCCAAAACACACAAUCAAGUCUACAUGGAAAUUGCUAAAAAGCAACAAAUUGGAAGUUUUGGAAUGGCCUAGUCAAAGUCCAGACCUAAUCCCAAUUGAGAUGUUGUGGCAGGACUUGAAAUGAGCAGUUCAUACUUGAAAACCCACACGUCACUGAGUUAAAGCAGUUCUGCAUGGAAGAGUGGGCCAAAAUUCCUCCACAGCGACGUGAGAGACUGAUCAACAACUACAGGAAGCAUUUGGUUAGAGUCAUUGCAGCUAAAGGUGGCACAACCAGUUAUUGAGUGUAAGGGGGCAAUUACUUUUUCACACAGGGGAAUUGGGUGUUGCAUAACUUUGUUUAUGAAAUAAAUAUGUAAUUGUUGUGUUAUUUGUUCACUUAUGUUCCCUUUAUCUAAUAUUAGGUUUUGGUUGAAGAUCUGAUAACAUUCAGUAUCACAAAUAUGCAAAAGUAGAGAAAAUUAGAAAGGGGGCAAAUACUUUUUCAUAGCACUGUAUGUGUUGCAGAGUAGAGAGUGUUCCAGAGUACAGAGACCCACAGUAGCAGCUGUAAGUACUGCCAGUGUCUGCUGUGGCAGUUGGGAAGGUGCAAGUUACCUGAAAAAGAUCUAAUCUCUCAAUGUUCAUCUCAAAGUGCACCAAAUUCAUGCAUUUAGCUGUUGAAAUUCCAUACUGGCUUUGUGCUAAGCUCCCAAUGUCUUCAAAUAUGACUACACUAGCCUGAGUAUACAUGCUGACCUCUCCCUGGUAGUUUCCAAGACAACCAACCACAUACAACUCUUAGGAAAAUAGAUCAUUAUUACUGCUGAAUAUUAUUUGUGCAUUUCUCAUGAGAUUUAGUUCCAUCUGCAAUCCACGUUGUAAAUGCAAGUCAUGAAUUUUCAAUUGAAUUUUUUAAAUGUUUAAGACUUGGGUAAAAGAGAGGUGGUUACAUGUAUGUGUGUGUUCUGAGGAGAUCUUUAUGUCCUAUAACUCAUUCUUUGUAUUGCAGUUUCUUUUGCUGAUCUUCUCCUGUUUGAGGAAGGCUGCGUGGGACUAUGGCCGUCUGGCUCUAUUGAUGGAGAAUGACAGGUACAGUAAAGCCUUUCCCCUCCGCCUCCAUUCAUACUCAGUAUAUUAUAGGUCUGGUAUAUGAAUUGAGGCAACACUCAAGAUCUCCAUACUAGACCUAUAAUAUAUUGAAAGCAUAAUUCAUGACCACUUGACACUGCUCCUUGACAUUAGCGCCUCCUCCUGAGAAGGCACGGUACUGCUCAGGCAUUUUCAUACUCACGAAAUACUUUGUUUUGCUUUACUAGAAUGAGCUUUUAAUCACUUUUUACACACAUCACAAUCUAAGUAUCUCUAUUUUUGUUCCAAGACCUCCAAUGUUGAUACAAUAAUAUUCAUAAGGCAUUCAUGGCACAGGCAGACACACACAGCAGCUCUGUAGGAGGAUUCCGAUUUUCCUGACUUUUAGGACCUUAUUCGCUUUCGAAGUGGUCUGAGGUCAAGUCAGUCCACUCAGUAGUCUGUGUGGGUCUGCAGAUCGAGGCUCUGCAACAGCUUACUUCUGCCUGACCUGGAGCCACUCUCCAGUGUGAGCGUGGGGUUGAUUUAGUUCUGCCUGACCAGCAGCGGCUCUCUGCCACCCCCGGGGCAGCGACAUCUGUGUGCUCUGCCGAGCGGGCUGCCGUCGCGCUAAUUCAAUUAUGCCGCUUGAAGUGUCACGCUGUAGAGCUGUCAGCAACGUCGCCAUGAAAGAAACAUCACCAUACUCAAUCAUCACAAUGCUUCAUUGGAUUCCAGGAACACUGUCCAUCCCCUUAAUUUCCCCUCCUAUCAUUGAUAUGAUCUUAGCGGCGCUGGAGAAUCCUCUCAGUUUCAGGUUGACUUGAGUUCUAAGAGGAGGACAGGGGCCUGCAUGGAAUAGCUAUUAGACCCAGCCCACACUAUUAGCACUCAUGCUGUCUGCAGGCUCUGUGCCCACCUGUCUGUAGGAAGGAAAGGUUAUUCACUUCCCACAGUCACUCAACGCAAAAUGGGUUCACAUUUGCUAUGUAAUGUUAGGACUCUGUCCAUGCGACUGUCUAGAAAAAAUAUUUCCAAGAAUGUGUUUUAACAGCUGUAGUCUCAUAUUGCGCAAGACUUGUUGCUCGUGCAGUAUAGUAUCUGCCCUCUUGUGAUGCCAAUCUACAUGAUAAGCUUCCUUCCCUCCUAUUCUGUAGGAAGGAACACAUGCACCAUCAAUAUGAUAAUCCUGGUAUGUAUUCUGUUUCUCAGCCUCACGUCCCUGUUCUACGGCGAGCAGAGUGAGAAGGAGAAGUCCCCGUCAGAGUCCAGCCCGUCAGACUCCGAGACCAAGGACUUGGUGAGUCCCACUGUUAUUAUGGAUCCAACUCCAGACAGUAGGAUAGGUCUAGGGGUAUAGCUGAUGAAGGGUGACCUUUUUGAGUUUGAAUGAAAGUGGGGCACACCUCUUUUUGUGACACUGACCAAAGCACAUGUCCUUAAUUGAGUUGAUAAAACAUCCAGCUGCACAAACAAAAAGAAGAAAAGUCAGACUAUUCAGACAAUGACUUCAUAGACACCUGCGUGACUGGUUAGGCUCACCACCACCAUCGAGGUGACACACCAUGUUUAUGAUGGAGUAGGACUGACUCAGACAUGAGGUCUUCUCCCAGAGUUUGACAGCAGUAAAGUCGUUUACGCCUCAGACUAGACCUAUUAAAACCCCAUCACCCUCUCAGCGCGUAGGCCUUAAUGUUAUGCAAAUGACAGAUGCGUGGCGAGCCAGGCGUGCUGUGCAAUGCCUACCACAUACAGUAUGUCAUCUAUUGUAUUUAAUAAGCGAUCCACUGAAUGUUUUAUGUCUUUGCUCCGUCUCUAGGGCUUCUGCUCUUGGCUUACAACACUCUAUCAUAUGAAGUAAGUGUUAAACUCUUGCCCCUUUAACCCUCAACUCCAUCCUCGCUUCUAUCAUGUUUUAUUGCCCUUCUCUUCAAUGUUGAUGUCAUCCCAAAACGCAAACUCUCGUGUUAUAUCUCAUUAAGCAGCGAAAACAAACAAGUGUGUGCUCAUGGGAUCAUUUGUGCCGUGAUUUACCAUAGAGUAUUUGCACUUGCUCGAGUCUGACUCACUUUCACUCAACAAAUUUAGGCCCGUAAACCAGUGACUUCCUCUGUGUCCAUGGUUUCCAAAGUAUUAUGGUGGAGUUUGGGUGCAUCUGGGUGCUGUUUUUAGCUCUUGUGUUAGUAGCUGACUGUAUACCUCACCCUAGGAUCCCUGGGAAAGUGCUAACCCACCCUGAUAGCUCUCUGUGUGGCCUGGCCUAUCUCCCUGCUGUGGGACCAGCAGGCACCUCCUGUUCUUUCUGAAACAAGUGGGUUUCCUGACCCUCCCGCUUGGGCUCCCCUUAGCCACCACAGGUUUGGCAGGAGUGGAGUGGCAUAGUUCCACUGAGGCAUGAGGAGCAGGCCCCACAAUAUCACCACCAUGGAGUACUGCUGAGUCUGAAUCUGUCUCCCCACGGAAGAGGAGGAUUCUACCCUUCCCACCACAAUCCCACACUCUUAAGGAGAAAAGGUGCUAUCUACAACCUAAAAGGGUUCUUCGGCUGUCCCUGUAGGAGAACCUUUUGAAGAACCCUUUUGGGUUCCAGGUAUAACCAAAAAGGCUUCUCCUAUGGGGACAGCCGAAGAACCCUUUUGGAACCCUUUUUUAAAAGUGUGUCUGUAGUACAUGCUGUCCCCUGUAGUCCCCUUUUCAACAACACACUGCUUCUUUCUAACGCUGUGUUAAGUCUCUUUAGGGUGAGUUUAAAUCCCAGCCUGCUGACUCUGCCACCCUGGGGAGAAACUCUCUCUCCCUCCCUCCCCAGUUUUGGAACCUCUCUCUCUGUGUUGUCUCUCCAGGGAUGAGGAGAUCAGGAGUAAAUGUGGCAUCGACGCUACGACCUACCUGUCCUUCCAGCGCCACAUCAUCCUGCUCAUGACCGUGGUCUGCCUGCUGUCUUUGGCCAUCAUCCUGCCUGUCAACUUUUCCGGGAACCUCCUAGGUAAUUUAGAGGGAGGCCUUGGCCUGUGUUGGGAGGGCUAGGGAUAUCCUAAAUGCCAGGGGAGGUAGAGGGGCACCUCGUAGGGAGAGACCAGGUCACACAUGCAUAUGCAAACACACAGAUGCACGCGCACACACAUACACACACGCGGGUGGGCUCGCAUGCGCGCACACAUACACACACACAUAUAUACACCACAGUUAUAAACACAAACUGACAAAGUCUGCCCAGGGAUAUGCUAAACGUAGGCCACACAGUCAAACACACACACACACCCCCCCACACCACAGACACAAACACAGACAGACAUUGUCUGCAAUUUGACUUACUGCUCAAUUGAGUUACAUUAGUGGUAUUUAACUUAGGCCUUCCCCAAGCAAAAGAGUAUGAAUAUGAAAAGGUUAAUUUCCUCCCGACAUACACUUUGGUGUCAGAGGUUGUUAGCUAUAAUGGUAUACAAAACACAACUGCUGAAUAGUAGAAGAAAUUACACUUGGCAGUUAAAUGUUGAGUAAGCUCCCAUAUGGAAUGUAAAGCAGACACGUUUGAGGUCUGAGGGGACCAGGGUUCUCCACAGCCACUUUAUUACUGUUGGCUGUCAUCUAUUUGGACCAUUGUGUCACCCUGUCGUUAAAUUAACCAACACCCUUAUAUCGGUCACCAUAGAAACGGUAAACAAAUGGAGCGAAACUAAAAUAGAGGGCGGAGACAUGACUAAUCUCUCAAUUCUGUCUUAAACUUUUCACUGAGUUUUUACUAAAUUGGAUGAGACAAUCCUCUGUUUGAUGCUAUUGCCCUCUUAACCAUACAAAGAUGAGGGUAUUUCUCUUAAAGUCCAUUUAAAGUUUUACCAUGUCUCUAUCUUACAAAAAGAUUACUGUUACAGACAUUAAACUGUCAUAUGUUGUCUUUUCUAUAGGGGAUAAUCCAGAAAAUUUUGGAAGAACAACUGUGGCUAAUCUUCCUGCAAAGUAGGUCAAAGGGCUGGGAUUUCUCUUUUUGCCAACUUCAAGAAAUGUUCAAGAAUAUCUUGAGACCAUCAUGGUUAUCCAAUAGUCAUGUGAAAUGCCUUUUCUUUAUUUCCUGUUAGGGACAGCUUCCUGUGGCUCCACAGUAUCUUUGCUCUGCUCUACUUCAUCAUCACAGUGCUGUGUAUGGCCCACCACUCCUCAUGCCUGGAGUACAGAGAGGACGAGAAGGUGUGUGAGGGCUCCUCAAACCUGGCCAAAUGCAGUGGUGUAACAAUACUUUUAAUUACUACUUAAGUCGUUUUUUGGGGUAUCUGUACUUUACUUUACUAUUCAUAUUUUGGACAAAUUUUACUUAGCUACAUUCUUAAAGAAAAUUAUGUACUUUUUACUUCAUACAUUUUCCCUGAUACCCAAAAGUACUCGUUAUAUUUUAAAUGCUUAGCAGGACAGGAAAAUGGUCCAAUUCACGCACUUAUCAAGAGAAUAUCCCUGGUCAUCCCUACUGCCUCUGAUCUGGCAGAUUCACUAAACACACAUGCUUCGUUUGUAAAUUAUGUCUGAGUGUUGGAGUGUGCCCCUGGCCAUCCGUAAAUAAAUACAAAAUCAAGAAAAUGGUGCCAUCUGGUUUGCUUAACAUAAGGAAUUUGAAAUUAUUUAUACUUUUACUUUUGAUACUUAAGUAUAUUUAAAACCAAAUACCUUUUUAGACUUUUAGUCAAGUAGUAUUUUACUGGGUGACUUUCACUUUUACUUGAGCCAUUUUCUAUUAAGGUAUCUUUUACUUUUACUCAAGUAUGACCAUUGGGUACUUUUUCCACCACUGGUCAAAUGUGUAAUGAUUACUAGGUAACAUGGUCAGGUUACUGUCUCUGAAAACUGAAAGAGACACCUUUAGGUGUGUGUAAUGCAUGUUUACCAUCUUACUUGUAUUAUUGGCAAACGUAUUGUUGUUGUUUUUUGUCAGGUGGCCAGGACUCUCAUGAUCACCUGCAUCCCCAGAGAGAUCUCAGACCCAGGCCUCAUCACAAAACACUUCCAGUAAUCUUAUGUUUACUUCUCACUUCUUUACUCACUCAAGAUAAUGCUGAUACUAAUAAACCUGGUUUAACUCUGUUCCCUCUUCCCUCCACUCUAGUGAGGCUUACCCCAGCUGUACUGUCACUGACGUCCGCUUCUGCUUCAAUGUACACAAACUGAUGAGGCUGGACUCUGAGCGGUACAAUAACUAUGAUAAUAUAGAGAAAUUAGUCAGUGAUCCAAUACAAUCAUUGGUUUGUUGUUUUUUUGGCCUUUGUGCAGAUUUGAGUUGUUGUGUUGUUUCAGACGGAAGGUGAUGAAAGGAAGGCUGUAUUUUACCACUAAGGCCCAGAAGGAGGGGAAGGUCAUGAUUAAGACCCACCCCUGUGCUACCAUCUUCUGCUGUGACGUGUGCGGCUUUGAGCAGGUACUUUUGUAACAGAAAUGUUAGUGAGUCUUGGUCAUAGUAAUUAUGUUGCAUUGAUUGCAUAUUGCCACUGGAUGGCACUAAAAAGCUAAAUUUGAUUUGAGCGGCAAUGGGUAGUUUCGUCUGUCUGAAUAGAAAUUCAAUAAGGGACAUGACUAGACUUGAUGAAUAAUACUGGUAUGUAACUCAUCUAUAUUUUUAACUCUGCAGGUGGAUGCAGAGCAGUACUACAGUGAGUUGGAGGAGAAACUGACUGAUGAGUUUAAUGCAGAGAAGCAUCGGAUCUCGCUCAAGAGGCUGGGCAUCGCCUUCGUGACCUUUCGGGAUGAGAGGAUGACUGCUGUGUGAGUGAACUAUGACCCCUGACCUCUGAUUGACAUGUAAAUGCACUAUCCUGCAGUCUCACGCAGGGCAUGCAUGGCGCACCAAAAUAAUGAUCUGUUACAGGGUUUGAUUGAAUAUGUUCAUGAGUGUGUCUCUGCCUGUUUUGUGUGAUUACUUUGUGUCUAUGUGUGUUGUCUUUCUCCCUACAGUAUUGUCAAGGACUACAGCCGGGUCCGUUGCCGUCGGAGACCCCAGCAGUCAAGCAUCACCACGGUAGUUCAGUCUCACAGGUGGGGUGUAGGCUACGCCCCAGCUCCAAGCGACAUCAUCUGGUGAGUGAGGAGGUUAUCUGAAGCAGAUCAUGGAUAGAAAUUCCCUCCCAUUGGUUAAGUUAUCUAACUGUACUUAGGCCAGAAUUCAAACUGAUGCAUAUUAACGAGCUGUGCCCUGCCACAGACUUUUAAAGAUGUUCGCGGAGGUCGUUAAUCUGUUACUUUCUCUUGUAAGAGAGCCAUCUCUAGUCACUGCCAUGUGGCUGUUCCACUCAACCAUUUAACCAACUUAAUUAGAUGGAUUUUAGAAUUAUAAUUGUUUGGGAUAUCUUAGAUGGUGUGUUUUUUUUUACAAUUAAAUUGUCCGUUGGUAGUUUAGUCUAUUUGAGAUCAGUUAUAAAAUGAAGGGUUUAGAUGAUAACCAUCAGCCCGCCUGAGGUUACAUAAUGUGAGUGUUACAUAUGUAUGGGGGGAUUAGCCGAUGAGACAGGUCUGCCACGCGGCGCUCACAGUUUGUGCUUCAUGCCUCAUUGGUUGUGUGUACGGCAGUGUGUGUUUGUGUGGAGGGAGUAGUACUGCUCCCUGGUGCAGGUAGUCUAGCCAAUUGUGGGGCUCCCGGUCACGGCCGGCUGUGACACAUUGCCUCUUUAUGUCGCUCUGGGUAACUGACUGAUUUCCUUCAUUAAAAAGGAGCACUGGAGUGUGAUGUGUCCAACCUGUUAUCCACUCCAGUGUAGUCAGUGUGGUGUAGCAUACUCCAUCUCACUUUUGUUGUAUUCAUACUUUUACACAGUAGUACAGAUGAGUGGAGAUAUGACGUGCGGCGGUGAAGGGUUUUGGUUUAUACUUGUCUGUCAUGUCAGCCCUCCAUCUGGAUAGAUGAGUAUCUGACCUCCAUGUUUACUUCUCUGUCUCCAGGGAGAACCUGUCAGUGUGUGGCUCCCGCUGGUGGCUCCGCUUCAUCCUGCUCAACAUCCUCCUCUUCCUCCUCCUCUUCUUCCUCACCACGCCCGCCAUCAUCGUCAACACCAUGGACAAACUCAACGUCACCCGGCCUGUUGACAGCCUUAGGGUCAGAAUUAAUUUCAGAAUUAGUGUUUGAAUGGGUCUAAUGGGGUAGUGGUGCUGUACAAAGGCAAAUAAACUCCAGAAUGAACUAUAUUAUAAUGAACUCAUUAUGUUUUGGUUUCUCCCCAUAGAGCCCGAUCAUCACUCAGUUCUUCCCUACCCUCCUGCUCUGGGCGUUCUCUGUCCUGUUACCCUUCAUAGUCUACUACUCUGCCUUCUUCGAGUCUCACUGGACCAGGUAGAGUACCGGAAUGCUGCAGGCCCCAGCAGAUACUGUCUGACACUCCUCAACCUAUGGCCUAGUUCUGUCCCUGAAAACAGAGAACACUUUAUUCUUAUUCUUCUUCAACAGACUCUCUCUUCAUGUGUUUUUGUCUCAGUUCUCUCUCUCUCUCUCUCUCUCUCUCUCUCUCGCUCUGUGUGCUCUGUCUGCCUGCACUACUUAUCUAGUCAGGUUGUCAUAGCGAUCUCUGUGGAGAUAAUGAUAUGCACAAUGGUCACUAUGCACUGAGGAGCAGAAUAGCUCUGCAUCCGGAGGAGACAACGUCACACGGCACCUAUGAGCACCGUCUCUUUACAUAACCGCCCCCACCACCCACCCAUGUGUUGUGAAGGCGUGGUGUGUGAACCACUUAAUGCAAAUCAAAUGUUUACAGUUAUUGGUGUGAAAAGCUCAGCUCGUGGUAAUGAGCCCACAAUGAAGUCCUUUGCAUUUGAAACAGAAUCAUUAAAUUUGUGAGAUGUUUCUUAUUGAAUGUGAGUGUGUGUGUUUGUGUAAGCUUCUAUCGUUACGGUGUUCUGUCUCCUUUGCAAUUCUAACAUAUAUAUAUAUAUAUAUACUGCAUGUUCAAAACGUGUUUUGUAACUACAUGUCCUCUGUUGUAAUGUGGUCUAUGUUGUGGGGUACUCAGAUCCAGUGAGAACCAGAUCACGAUGCAUAAGUGCUUUGUACUGCUGGCGUUCAUGGUGAUCAUCCUGCCCUCGCUGGGUCUAUCCAGGUAUGAAUAUAGAAACAUACAUGCUGACGGAGCAGAUCAUUUAUAAUUUCCUACUAUGAUCAUUACAGAGAUUAUAUAUGAUCCAAGAUCCUGUACUUAUGCUCCAAUGUACCUGUGGUUCUUUUAUCUCUAGUCUGGACCUGUUCUUCAGGUGGCUGUUUGAUGUCAAUUUCCUCGAAGACAAGAAUAUUAAAUUUGAGUAUGUUUACUUGUUCUGCCCUCUAAUGCCAUGGUACCAAGCUUAGCUGGCAUUGAAAUAACUGCCAUAUACAGCCAACACGCUCUUAAGCUGUGCUUCCUCUCCUCUGUAUCCAGGUGUGUGUUCCUUCCUGAUAACGGAGCGUUCUUUGUGAACUACGUGAUCACGUCCAGCCUGAUCGGCACGGCCAUGGAGCUGCUGCGUAUCCCAGCUCUGAUGGUGUAUGCUCUGCGUCUCUGCUUGGCCAAGCCCGGGGCCGAGCGCAUCCACGUCAAACGGGUGAGAGGAACAGUAUUGUACUGUAUUAUUUGUGUGAAUUAUUGAUGUAACUCUUCUUUUCAAUUGUGUGUUUUGUCUGUCUCUCCAGAGCCAGGCCUAUGAGUUCCAGUUUGGUCUGCAGUAUGCCUGGACCAUGUGCAUCUAUGCUGUUAGCAUGACCUACAGUAUCACGUGUCCCAUCAUUGUGCCCUUUGGUGAGUGUGUGUGCGUGAAUGUGUGCCUCCUCCUCCCUGUGUGUGUGUGUGUGUGUGUGCUCAGCGUGGGAGUGGGAGCCUCUCUCCUGAUACUGUAACCUUCGUCACCUCUGCUGCCAGCCUGGUGCAGACUGUGUGAAGUGAAUGUGCUGUAGUCCCAGACACUCAGACACAGCGAGCUGGGAGCCAGACGCCCACUUUACUCCUGUCUCUGCCCAGAGCCGCAACAAUCCUUUAUUUACUACUACUCUCCAGGCCUUGACGCCUGCCUUCCACAUUGUAUCAGACCUGGGCUCAGCUGCAUGCUGUCUUUAACUUGUGAUUCACUCUGUAGCCCAGAGUUGGGGUCAAUUUCCGAAGUCAACUGACAGGAAUGGGAGUUGAAUUGACCUCAACUAGGCUUUAGACGGAAGUUAACAAGAUUAUAAUAGGUGAUUGGCUGCAUGUCCUCAUCAGUCAGCUUUGUAAUGUCUGUCUCUCAGGGCUGCUCUAUCUGAUCCUGAAACACAUGGUGGACCGUUACAACAUCUACUAUGCUUACGUGCCCACCAAGCUCAACCAGCGCAUCCACACUGCAGCCAUCAGCCAGGUCAUCGUGGCGCCCAUCCUCUGCAUGUUCUGGCUCCUGUUCUUCUCCGUGCUCAGACUGGGUGGGUACUUCCUGGUUCCUGUUACCGUAGCCCAGGGUUCUUCAAUUCCGGUCCUGGAGGGCCGAAACACUUCUGUUUUUUAUUUCUACCUGGUAGUUAAUUGCACUCACCUGGUGUCCCAGGUCUGAAUUAGCCCCUGAUUAGAAGGAGAGGAUGAAAAACAGAGGUGUUUCGGCCCUCCAGGACCGGAAUUGAAGAACCCUGCCGUAGCCUAUCAAACAGACCAAUACAUGUGGGCUAGUCAGAUAUAGCUUAGUGGCUGCUAGUGGUCAUAUGGUGGUCUUGAUUGUGGUUCUUCUCUUUCCUUUGUGCUCCAGGCCCAAUGCGUCCCAUCACCCUCUUCACCUUUGUGUCCCUGCUCUCCUGCCUUGCCUUCUCCCUCAUUGGCCUAUGCCUUAGGAAACAGCCUGACAAGUCAUCAAGCUACCAGGUCAGCUACAGUAUUAACAAUGGGACAUAGUGCUGUCGUGGUUUUGGGCUAGCAGAGCCUUAAUCGUUUUUGACGAUAAACUCUAAAGUCAUUGAUUAGGCCUAAGUGCUUCGACCAUGGGCAAUGUCUUUAUGUGAAGUGGUGUUUAAGCAUCUGCUGUAGCAGUGCAGCUGUGCUGGUGAGAUUGAAUCCCUAUCAUUUUUACAGUGAGAGAUUACUCUUGACCCCUCCUGGACUUCUGGUGGGUGUAGAGCACAGGCCCUCAAAGGCUAAAUUACCUCUGUAUCAAUGUGUUUCAGAUGUCUGACCAGGUGUUUGCUGACCAGCCAGCAGAAGGGACCUUCGCUAAUGCAGAGAGAAGCUCCACCCCAUCCACCACCCCAUCUAAUGUACCUGCCUUUCUUCAAUCACACCACCCUCAAUUCCUCACAGAGUUGUACAAUAGUCUCAUAACAAGAAUAUAUGUAUGAGUAAAAUCUCAGUUGUAGUCAUUAGUAACUUAUUGCUGUCUCUGUGUCCCUCCCCUCAGCUGUUUGUGGCAUCUGUGUUGCUGGAGCCGGAGCUAGGCCUGACCCCGAUGCCCUCCCCAGCUCACCAGAGCUACGGGACCAUGGCCAGCUCCCAGGACAGAGAGGAGGAGGAGGAGGAGGAGGAGGACCAGGUUGAAACCGUUGAGACAGAGCUCCAGGCGCCCCCAGACCCCUACUACUCAAGACCCCUCAUGGACAACCCAGUGGGUAACCAGUGA